UGCAGCCGCCGGAAUCCCCCUUCAGUGCCCUGUGCUCUGGCCUGAACUCUGCUGCAGCUGGGGCUGAGCUGCCUCUCCAUGCAGCCGCCAUGGAGCCACCUGCCUGCGAGGGGACCCUGGGGGGCCUGCAGAGCCCUGGUUCCUCAGACCUCCCGGACGCUGGGGAAGCACGUGAGGAGGCGUGCAGGGUCCCGGGAGGGGGGAUGGACGCUGCUGCAGCUGGGAGUGAUUCUGGCUGUCCCAGAGCCCUGGCCAGCACAGAGCAGAGCGACCUGGUUUGCAUGGACCUGGAUGAGGCGCCUGAGGCCCACCUGGGAAGGGAGGAAUGGGCUGAGACCGUGGGGGAGGAUGGCCAGUCGGAGAUCCAGGGCCUCCUCACCCAGCUCCAGUCCCUCAGCCCCAGCUUCCAUGACGACUUGCCUGCCUCGGAGGGCGACCCGCUGCUGGCAUCGGACUGUGGCGCGGGGCCUCAUGGGGGAGAGGUGCCACUUCCCCACAGACGAGCCGUUGGCUGCUGCCAGGGCCUGCCGGGCGAAUGCUCUCCCUGCCUGCUGCACGUGGCCACGGGGAGAGGCCUGGGGGUGCUGCCCUGCCGUGCCCGGUGCUCUACCAGCUCCCGGAGGAGCCACGGCCUGCUCUUUGCAGAGGCUGACCGGGAGGACUUGCUGAGCCUCCUGCACCAUGAGGGGGGCCUCCCUGCAGAGGGGAGUGAGGAGACCCCCCUAGCCAGGUCAGACAGCCUGGCUGGGAGCGAUGCGGCGGCCCUGCUACACCGAGAGAGCCCGGUGGCCCGGCAGAUGGAGGAGGCUGCUUCGCAAGCAGGCAGCCCUCAGGCAGAAGGCUCCUGCCGGUGGUAUCGGACACGGGGAGCCUGUGAGGAAGACCCUGCCUGUGCGACUCCGGGCAGUCGGGACAGCUCCCCAGAGCCUGUGUGGGCGGCCAUGUCUGCCCCUCCCAGCCAGGGCCCAGAGCAGGCCCCCCACGGGAGCACGGCCGCUAAAGAAGCCUUGGCAUCCUAUCCAGCCUUCAAAGAGGUGGCAGGUCCCUGCGAGCCAGAGGACCUCCUGGAUGGAGUGAUCUUCGGAGCAAAGUAUCUGGGCUCCACCCAGCUGGUCUCGGAGAGGAACCCCCCCACCAGUGUCCACAUGGCGCAGGCCCAGGAGGCCAUGGACAGGGUCAAGGCGCCAGAUGGGGAAUCCCAGCCCAUGACCGAGGUGGAUCUGUUUGUCUCCACCCAGAGGAUCAAGGUGCUGACGGCCGACUCACAGAAGGCCAUGAUGGACCAUCCCCUCCAGACAAUCUCCUACAUCGCGGACAUCGGCACCAUCCUCGUGGUGAUGGCGCGCAGGAAGCUGCCACGGCGGGCAGACGCCUCGGGAGAGAAGCGGCUUUACAAGAUGAUCUGCCACGUCUUCCAUUCCACUGAUGCGCAGCUCAUUGCUCAGGCCAUCGGGCAGGCCUUCAGCCUGGCUUACCAGCAGGUGCUGCAGGCCAGCGGCAUCGACCCGAGCCAGCUGCCCCCCCGCCAGGACAGCUGUGCCCUGGAGAGCCGGGAGCUGCACAACGGGGACCUGGCCCACUUCUCCAAGCAGGAGAACUGCAGGGACAUCUGCAUCCACAAGCAGAAGGGGGAGAUCCUUGGCGUAGCUGUCGUGGAGUCGGGCUGGGGCUCCAUCCUGCCCACCGUGGUCAUCGCCAACCUCAUGCACGGAGGCCCAGCGGAGAAGUGUGGGGAGCUGAGCAUCGGGGACCGGCUCAUGUCCGUCAAUGGGACCAGCUUGGUGGGGCUGCCCCUCGGCACCUGCCAGAACGUCAUCCGGGACCUGAAAUCGCAGACGGAGGUGACGCUGAGCAUCGUGCACUGCCCGCCUGUCACCACCGCGAUCGUCCGCCGGCCCGACUCCAAGUACCCCCUGGGCUUCUGUGUGGAGGACGGCAUCAUCUGCAGCCUGAUGCGCGGGGGGAUAGCAGAGCGAGGCGGCAUCCGCGUGGGCCAUCGCAUCAUUGAGAUCAAUGGGCGGAGCGUGGUGGCCACCCCGCACGAGAAGAUCAUCCAGAUCCUCACGCAGGCCGUCAGCGAGGUCCACAUCAAGACCAUGCCGGCCUCCACCUACCGGUUACUGACCGGCCAGGAGCAGCCCAUCUUCCUCUGAAGGGCGGAGUUUGCAUUACCAAGCUGGAUCUGCAGCAGCUGCCUGGCUUUGGGGCCCUGGCCUAGAGCAGCUGCCCCCAAGGGAAGGACAGGCAACAUCUCCGGUUCCCUCGAGGCUGCUGGGGGCCAGAUCCUGCCACUUUUCGUCUCGUACAGGGACCCACAAGGCAACCCCCACCAUAUACCCGCUGGCCUUUUCUGGGGGUGCUCUGCCUGGCCUCCCCAGGGGGGGCUUCAGACCAGGCCUUAACCCACGUUUGGACAGGGUGAGAGACCCAAACUUGGCUCCUCUCCUGGGCCUCUGUAUGCUCAGCCCCUUGGGUCCUGUCUCACAGGGCGGAGUGGGGCCUGGGGAACGCAAGCUGCUUCCUUUGCCCCAGUGCCUUAGUGUGGUGGGCUGGGCCUGAGCCAGAGCCAGCAGGGCCAGAGGUGCUGUCGGGGGGGAGGGGUUGCCUGCACCCGCACUCAAAGGGAAGCGGCAGGAGCCAUGAUGUGCCUGCUCUAUCGGCCAGACUCCAGGGCCUGGGGCACAUCCGGCUGAAGCCGGCAGCAGUGGCCUGGUGGAGCACAGGAGAAAGGGACUGUGCUGUGGGCAGUGAUCCUUCCCUGCUGCUGGGGCCAGCCACCCCUGCCCACGGGCACGGCUGGGGCUGGCCCUGGGGAAGGUGCUGGGCCCAGCAUGAGAGGAGGGGGGGAGGUUUGACAGCUGGGGUAACCGCAGUAACAGCUUCUUGCUACUGGCCUGCGCUGUGAUUUUAACCUGUACUGCCUGCUGCUGUGGGAAUAAAGGCUGACGUGUCCUGCA